CACGCGGAAGUAAUUCGACCAAGAUGGCAGCGUCCUUGACAGGCAUGUUUUGAUGGGAGCUGAGUGUAAACCAUGCAGAACAGAUGAACACUUACUGCUGCGCGACCGACAAGAGAAGACUUUGAGAGCGGGACAUGGAGAGACGAGAGUUCGUCGCGUCCCUGGUGGCAGGAGGCUGUGCAGGGAUGUGUGUGGAUCUGACCCUCUUCCCCCUGGACACCAUUAAGACACGACUGCAGAGUCAGCAGGGCUUCUACAAGGCAGGGGGCUUCAGGGGAAUCUACGCUGGAGUCCCAUCUGCUGCUGUCGGCUCCUUCCCCAAUGGUGGCGUGUCUGAUCCGGGUGCCCACAGAGGUGGUCAAACAGAGGACCCAGGCUUCUCCUUCAUUCACCACCUACCACAUGCUGCUGGCUACACUCAGGGAAGAGGGUGUCAGAGGCCUGUACCGAGGAUACGGGAGUACGGUUCUCAGAGAGAUCCCGUUCUCGCUGGUGCAGUUUCCACUCUGGGAAUAUUUAAAGACUCUGUGGUCGUUGAGGCAAGGUCACACGCUCUACUCUUGGCAAGCUGCAGUGUGCGGAGCUUUUGCAGGUGCGGUAGCAGCAUUUGUUACCACUCCUCUUGACGUGGCGAAGACCAGGAUCAUGCUCGCAAAGGCCGGGUCGACCACAGCCAGCGGCAACAUCCCGCUGGUGCUCUACGACGUUUGGAGGAGCCGAGGCCUUACAGGUCUGUUUGCAGGCAGCAUUCCGAGGGUGACCUUCAUCAGCGUGGGUGGUUUCAUCUUCCUGGGAGCCUACGAGAAGGUCCGCCGCUCUCUGCUAUAGCAGCACAUCCUCAGCGUCCGUCCUGAGCCCUGACCUGGUGGAGGAACCGCAGGGAGGCGGCACCCCCGCCUGCACCUCCAUGCUGCCGGGCCCCCGAGAAGCAAGGAACACCUGGUGAUCGGGUGGGAAGAGCCAUCCGUGCACUCUGAUCGCAUUACCCAGGGUGCUGCAUUCCUGCUCAUCAGUGCCCCGCGGGUUGAGUUUAACAGCCCGAGCUCACGCUUGCGUAACGGCACCAUCGGUUUGGUGAAAGGACCGCGUCACACGAGACUUGCAAUGAAGCGUAUUUACUGUUCAAUGUGUACUGUGCGUGGAUCAAUAAGUUAUGGUAUUAAAGGCCGUCUCUUUUUAUACUCUGA